AGCAUUACGCAUAAACUUGCUUAUAUUCCACAUUUAUCAUUUUUGUUUUGUUUACGCCUUUCGUAAAAUAAAACUUAAUUUGUAAGAUUUACUAUUAUAAAAUACAUUAAAUAAAAUUUAGGCAAAAAAACAAACUAACUGAAAAUAAUGUCUGCCGUUAAAGUUGAUAAAAAUUCUCAAUCGGGACUUAAACGAACAGUUCCCGAGGGCACAGUAGAGGAAGCACUUGAGCUAAAUAAACUUUAUGACGAUUUACGUAAGCAGCUUUCUUUGCCACGCACUGACCGCUUGGGCGGGAGAGCGCUGGCUACUUGGGACCCGGACGAAAAAGCGGUGCACGUGCUACGUAAAGAUGGCAAAUUUGGCAAUUUUGGCUACAGUCAUGGCGGUCGUUUAUAUUUAGAAUUUUAUGAGGCGUUAUUUCUCUUAGAAAUGAAUCGUUUGCAAUUGGAAUAUCAUACAAUGAUAAUGUCAAUUGAACAAGCUUAUUUACUGCUUUUGGGUGAGACAACUACAUCAAAAUGCAGUGAAUAUCUUGUAUAUGCACAUCUCACGCGCAUUGGGUACAUUCUAGUGAAGCAUCAAAAUAUUCCUUUCUACGAUAACAUCGAACCAACCGAGGCAGAUUGUGCUUGGGCACUUGCCUUAAAUGUCAUUAAUAAUCGUGCGAUACCCGAAAAUGUAAAGAAGUCUCCACAUUUCGUAAAAGUAAAAAAGGAAAUGAAAUACGUUAAGCAAUGCAUAAUCAAACAGCAGGUACAAAAACAAUUAAGCGAAGCAGAUUCAUCCUCCAUAAAUUUCAAUGGCAAAGUCGUAUCUACGGGUAAACGAAAAAUCACAAUUGACGAAGCAGAAAAUCUCCCAGUAGCGAAACGACGAUGUCUAGAGGUAGCAUGUAAUCAAAAAAGCUUUCUGAAUUGUCUCAAAGAUGAACCGGAGUACAAACAAUUUCAAGCAACAUUCGCAAAAUUCGACAUUAUUCAAAUGGACGAUGCCACCAUAAACGCAGAGGAGGAGGUGCGCACUUUGCAUAUAGCUUUCGAUUUGUACCUGCAUAAUGAUGGAUUCAAAAAGAGAUCACCAAAGCCACCAACCUUCCGAUUACUGAUAUUAGGCGUACAUGAGCCAUUCCCUACACAUUCAGAAAUAAAAAACCUCUACAACUUGCAAAAGUACCCAGUGCCUAUUUUAGUAGUAACAGUCGGCGAAUCCAAACAAAUACAAGCAUUUGUAUAUUAUUUUAGUUGAGUAUGUUAAAGUUAAUGAAAAUGUACAUUAGUUCUAUAUUUUGUCUACAUUGUAAAAAAUAUUAUAAGUUAUUAUUAUAUUUUUUAAAAACAGCUAACCUGUCUGAUACAUUUGCUUUGAUAUUAGCAUAUAUUAUUAUCAGUUUCCGGUUGAAAAAUGCAAAAUACCCCGCCAAAUAUAUAGUAUCUUACUAAUAUACUAGCGCUAAUCAGCUGUGUGACAGAGUUGCAUUUCGUAUAAUAAUAACUUUUGCAUACACAAAGGUUUGUUCGAACACGCUAUAAGUAUUUUUAUAUUUUGUUGUAAUUAGACCUUAUUAAUAAAUUUUUAUAAACAUAAGAAUUAUAAUUUAGUUAAUUUCUCAUUUAUUUACUUUUAUUGUUAUGUGCAUAAAUUUGGUGGAUAUUUUAAUUUCUGUGAUCAUUAAAGUUUUUAUAUUCGAAUAUACUAAUAUUUAUCAGAAUUUCCGGUUUGGGAAUUUCGAAAUGAAUAAUUAUAAAAAUGCAAACGUAUCUACAGGAUUAUGAAAUUAUAUAGCUGAAUGGCAGGUUUUGUUAUAUACAUACAAAUAUAUGCGCAAUUCGCUUUCAUUCGGUUCUAGAAAUUAUUUUACAUACAAUUUUUAAAAUGCAAUAAUUAUUUAACUAAACGUUAAAAGUUAUUAAUGUUGUUCCAUUAUUUCUGCUAAAAAUAUUCUUAAACUCCUUAACUUUUCAAUUAGGCAACAUAAAUGGCAACGAUUGUAAUGUCAUUCAAGAUUAUUUAUUUUUAUUCAAAAACUAUUUAAUUUUUGCCAACUUGUCAAUUAUUUCAAACAAAAAAACAACUAAAAACAAAAUUUAUUAUUAUUGUUUCCGACACGAUCUCCUUGAGUACUGCAAAUUUUCUUCAUUGGCGUGGGCUGAAAAUAAACGAAAUUCGCUCGUGCGCCGUAAAUAAACAAAUUAACGCAUAA